CAAGGAGAGGAGAGGCGUCUCCUCACUGUCUUUCCUUUCACAAAAUGCUGAACAUUUACCAUCAGAUUAUGGCUCAGAGAACUUUGCUUACAGUUUUCAUUUGUUUGAUGCUCAGCGGAUAUGUCCAGGCUCAACAGAGAGGAUUGUUUCCUGCAGUUCUCAAUCUUGCUACUAAUACCAUAAUCACAGCAAAUGCCACGUGUGGUGAAAAUGGGCCGGAGAUGUUUUGCAAGUUGGUAGAGCAUGUUCAUGGACAACCUGUGAGGCAUCAACAGUGCCGCACCUGUGACCACACAUCCCUCGACAAAAACUUACAUUAUCCAAUUUCUCAUGCUAUCAAUGGUAAGAAAUCAUGGUGGCAAAGUCCAAGCAUUAAAAAUGGGGUGCAAUACCAUUAUGUGACAAUUACAUUGGAUCUCCAACAGGUGUUCCAGAUUGCAUAUGUCAUUGUUAAAGCUGCAAACACCCCGAGACCUGGGAACUGGAUUUUAGAGCGCUCCCUCGAUGAUAUCACUUACAAGCCAUGGCAGUAUUAUGCAAUCACCGACAGCGAGUGUUUAACGAGGUAUAAUAUCAGCCCACGGGUUGGUACACCAUCGUACACAAAGGAUGAUGAAGUCAUCUGCACAUCUUAUUAUUCCAAGAUUCAUCCACUUGAAAAUGGAGAGAUUCACACUUCCUUAAUUAAUGGAAGACCAAGUGCUGAGGAUCCUACACCAACACUUUUGGAAUUUACAUCAGCUCGCUACAUUCGACUGAGAUUACAACGGGUCCGGACUCUGAAUGCUGAUUUAAUGAUGUUGGAUCACAGGGAUCCAAAAGAUAUAGAUCCCAUAGUAACAAGAAGGUAUUUCUAUUCCAUAAAAGAUAUUUCUGUGGGUGGUAUGUGCAUCUGCUAUGGUCAUGCAAGAGCUUGCCCAUGGGAUCCAAGAACUAAUAAAUCAUCCUGUGAAUGUGAACAUAAUACCUGUGGACCUAGCUGUGACCGUUGUUGUCCUGGUUUCCACCAAAAGCCUUGGCAAGCAGGAACAUUUCUCAUAAAGCAUGAAUGUGAACCUUGCAACUGUCAUGGGAAGACUGCAGAAUGCUAUUAUGAUGAAACUGUAGCAAGCAAGAAGCUCAGUCUGAAUAUUCGUGGGGAAUAUAUUGGAGGUGGAGUUUGUGUCAAUUGCUCUGAAAACACAGCUGGGAAUAACUGUGAGACCUGUAUAAAUGGUUACUAUCGACCUCAAUGGCUGUUACCGAACCAUCAUAAACCUUGUCGCCCAUGUGACUGUGACCCAAUUGGAUCUUUACAUGGUGUUUGUGUCAAAAAUAUAAAGGAAGCUACAGAAGACUUAUUACCUGGUUCCUGCUUUUGUAAACCUGGCUACGGAGGGGACAAAUGUGAGCAAUGUGAUUUGGGAUAUAUUGGCUAUCCAGAUUGUGCACCUUGUAACUGCAGUGUAUUUGGCAGUGAAAAUGAAGACCCAUGUGUGGAUCCAUGUAUUUGCAAGGAAAAUGUUGAAGGUGACAACUGUCAAGUUUGUAAGCGUGGAUUUUUCAACCUUCAGCGUCAAAAUCCCAAAGGAUGUGAUCAGUGUUUCUGUUCUGGAGUUUCAAAUAAUUGUAUAGAUUCACGAUUUACUUAUACCAAGAUCACUGAUAUGAAUGGCUGGUACCUUAGAGAAGUAAAUGGAGACCUCAGAGUUGCCCCAACUAAAGAUGGAUUUGAUGGACCCCAACAACUGAGUAUUAGAACUGCAGAUGCACAAGCUCGGGGGCUGUUUGAUAUCAUGUACUGGUCUGCACCAGCUUCAUAUCUGCAGAAUAAAGUUGGAGCCGUGGGAGGACUUUUAACGUACACAAUCUCCUAUGACUCAUCUGAUAGAGAUGAUGACGGUGACAAGGAGCUAACAGGUCACCCAAAUAUCAUUAUUGAGGGAAAUGGCUUGCUGAUUAGCACCAUACAUGAUGGUAUUGACUUACAACCAUUUGAAGAACGCACUGAAAAAGUUGAACUGCGUCCUGAAAACUUUAAAAUGCAUGGGGCAGGAUAUCCAAUCAGCAGACAUGACUUCAUGACAGUUCUGGCAAACAUUGAUAAACUUCUAAUUCGUGCAACUUACAGUAAUCAGAAAGAUGCUAUCUACAGACUGAGUUCUGUUACCCUGGAAGUGGCUGAUGAAUCUUCAUCUGGUGAAAAAAAAGCAUUUGAUGUAGAGAUGUGCCAGUGCCCUCCAGGAUACAGCGGUACAUCUUGUGAAACUUGUUUGCCUGGGCACAGAAGAGUUAAUGGCACCCUCAUUGGUGGGAUCUGUGAGCCAUGCAGAUGUUUUGGCCAUUCUGCUUCCUGUGAUGAUAUUACUGGCUUUUGCAAUAACUGCCAGCACAAUACCUAUGGUCGGUACUGUGAUUACUGUCUGCCAGGCUACUAUGGCAAUCCAACUGAUGGUACAGAUGAGGACUGUUUGCAUUGUGCCUGUCCUUUGAGCAUAGAUUCCAACAACUUUAGCCCAACAUGCCACUUGGACCCAACUCGUGGAUUAAUUUGUGAUGCCUGUCCUGGUGGAUACUCAGGACCACGCUGUGAACGUUGUGCUGAUGGGUACUUUGGGCAGCCAUCAGUGCCAGGUGGAUCAUGUAAGCCAUGCCCGUGCAAUCAAAAUCUUGACCUUUCUGCCCCCGGCUGCUGCAACAGAGAGACAGGAGCGUGUAUGAUAUGUAAGCCUGGAGUAAUUGGGGAAUUUUGCGAUAAAUGUGCGGAUGGAUAUUUUGGAGAUGCUCUUGAGGCAAGGAGCUGUCAACCAUGCAACUGUAACAUUAAUGGGUCAGCAACCACUGCCUGUGAUAUUCAGACAGGGCAGUGUCAGUGCAAACAUAAUGUGAUUGGACGCCAGUGUGAUGAAUGUUUGCCACAAACAUAUGGUCCUGUUUUCUCUCAAGGAUGUGUUCCUUGUAACUGCAACUCUUUUGGUUCCAAAUCUUUUGACUGUAAUGAAAGUGGACAAUGUCGUUGUCAGCCUGGAGUAGCUGGAGAUAAAUGUGAUCGUUGUGCCCGUGGGUUUUAUGAUUUUCAAGAAGGUGGAUGUACCCCUUGUGGUUGCCCACAUGUUGGGAAUAACUGUGAUGAGGAAACAGGUCAAUGUGUUUGUCCUCCCAACACCAUUGGAGAGCAAUGUGAGAAAUGUGCACCAAACCACUGGGGAUUCAGCAUUAUCACUGGAUGCAAGGCUUGUGAUUGUGGUGCUCCAGGAUCGCUCAGUACACAAUGUAAUCCAGACACAGGUUGCUGUUUCUGCAGUCCAAACUUCUCUGGGGACAAAUGUACCAGCUGCAGAAUUGGAUACAGGAAUUACCCAAAGUGCAUCGGCUGUGACUGUGAGUUGGCGGGAAGUAAAUCAGAGAGCUGCGAUCAGGAGUCAAAGAAAUGUUCAUGUGAAGAGACUGGACAAUGCAGCUGUAAGAUAAAUGUGGAAGGGGUCCACUGUGACAGAUGCAAACCCAGCACUUUUGGACUUCAUGUAGGGAAUCCACUUGGUUGCAGCAGCUGCUACUGCUUUGGCCUCACUACCCAGUGUACAGAAGCAGAUGGACUAAUCCGAAUGUGGCUGUCACUGAAGCCUGAUCAGACAGUACUCGAACUAACAGACUUUACCCUGCAGCAUCGAACCACAAAAGGGGUAUUUUUCCAACAUCCAGAAAUUGUAGCAUUUAUUGAUGACGUAAAGCAAGACCUACAAUCUGAACCAUUUUAUUGGAAACUGCCAAAGCAGUUUGAAGGUCGGAAGUUGACAGCUUAUGGAGGGAAAUUGAAAUAUACCAUCUACUUUGAAGCCAGGGAAGAGACUGGACCUUCUGCCUAUGAAUCGCAAGUGAUUAUUAGAGGUGGGCCUUCUGCAAACCAAAGGAUAAUUUUAAGACACAUGCCUGAUCCCCAAAAUGGUCAACUGACUAGACAUGAUAUUGACAUGACAGAGUUUGAGUGGAAAAAUACGGAUGGAGGUCCUGUUACCCGUGAAGAUUUCAUGGAUGUUCUAUAUGAUAUACAAUACAUUCUAAUUAAGGCAUCGUAUGGUAGAGUAUUGAGGCAAAGCAGGAUUUCUGAGGUAUUUUUGGAAGUAGCAGAAGAAGGGACUUCUUUUACCAUGAGUCCAAAGGCCCAUUUGAUAGAGAAAUGUGAAUGUCCUGUGGGAUAUUCUGGGCUUUCAUGUGAGGAAUGUUUUCCUGGAUUCUACAGAAUGGCUCCUGUUUCCCCAGGACAAAGAACUGAACCAACUCUUGGCACAUGUGUACCUUGUCAAUGCAAUGGGCACAGUAAUAUGUGUGACUCAAACACUUCUGUUUGUCAGGCCUGUAAACACAACACUACAGGAGAUCACUGUGAUAGGUGUGCUCCGGGUUUCUAUGGCAUUGUAAAAGGAUUCCCUGAUGACUGCAAACCAUGCGCUUGUCCCCUACACAUUGCAAGUAACAAUUUCAGCCCUACAUGCAUCAUGCUGGGAACUAAUGAUUACAGAUGUUCAGCUUGUCUUCUGGGAUAUGAGGGCCAGUACUGUGAAAGGUGUGCAUCUGGUUUUACUGGCAACCCAAGUAUUCCAGGAGGUUCUUGUCAAGAAUGUGAGUGUAACCCAUAUGGAUCAUUAUCUAUGAUCUGUCACCCAAGCACUGGUCAAUGCACGUGUAAACCUGAAGCUACAGGUCUGAAGUGCGCUGGCUGCACUCACCGGCAUGUGCGAGAAGGCCCGCUGUGUGCAUUUUGCGAUGAUGAAUGUACAGGCCUCCUUCUUGAUGACUUGGAUCAGCUAAACCAGAUGGUCAUGAGCGUCAAUCUUUCUGGCCCGCUGCCUCCACCUUACAAAAUGCUGUUUGGCUUUGAGAAUGAAACUCAGGAAUUAAAGCAUUUACUGUCACCUCAACGAGCUCCUGAAAGACUUCUCCAGCUGGCACAGAAGAACCAAGAUACUCUUGUCAUUGAGAUAAAUGAACUCCUGAACAGGGCUGCAAAAGUAUCCGCCGAUGGAGAACAAACUGGGAAAGAUGCAGAAAGGACAAACGAGAGGGCAAAGCAACUCAAAGAUUUUGUGAAGGAUACCCUGCAGGCAGCAGAAGAGUUACAUGAGAAAGCUGUGAAGCUAAAUGAAAUGCUGGGUAUUCAGAACAAGACACAGGACAAGAGUUUCCACGAGUUACAGAAGGACGUUGACAAGAUGAUGGCUGAGCUCAGGAUGAAAAUGUUUAAAAAUCAGGAGAAAGUGGCCACAGAGGAGUUCAAGGCAGCAGAAGAUCUUUUUAACAAAGUUAAGAAGCUAUUUAAGGAUCCUUAUAAUAAAAAUAAUGAUUUAAAUCAGGAGGCAAUGAACACAUUAACUCAGUUUCAAGAAAAACUGGAUGAUGUCUCAGACUUGCUCCGAGAAGCCCGGGGGAAAAUUAAAGAAUCUGAUAGUUUAUCUGCCAUCAAUCAACGCAAUAUGACUGCAUUGGAGGCGAAAAAGCAAGCCAUUGAAAAAGGCAAGAAAGAGGCUGAAGACACGCUGAGCGAGGCUGACGACAUCAUGACAGAAGUCAAUAACUUGGCACAAAGCAUCAAUGAAGCUGAUAAUGAUUUGAGAGAUGUCAACAAUGAGCUUCCAUUACUGACUGAAAAAUUAGAUGCAAAAAUAGACAACCUUACUGCCGAAAUUCGAAUCAGGGACCUCCCAGAGCUGGUAUACCAGGCAGAAUCACAUGCAUCUGAGCUAAAGGAGUCAUCUUCAAAACUGGAUGGAAUCCUUGCUGAGGCUAAGAACCUCUCAUUUAAUGCUACGGUGGCUUUCAAAGCAUACAGCAAUAUCAAGGACUUGAUUGACAAUGCUGAGGACACUGCAAAAGAGGCCAGAGUAAAAGCAAAUGAAGCAGUAGAUUUGGUAACUGGCCCACAAGGAUCCUUAAAAGAUGAAGCAAAGAGUUCCAUUCAGAAAAGUUUCCGGGUUCAUACCGAUGCUAAAAGGCAAUCACAUGACUUAAAAGAGAAUGAAAAUGACCUUGCAAAAGUGAAGGACAGACUGAAAAAUGCUGCUGAGAAAAAACAGGAUAUGAUCCAAGCUCUGAACAAUACCCUUGGAAAGCUAUCUGCAAUGCCUAAUGAUACAAUGGUGAAGAUUCAGACAGCAAAAGACAAAGCCAAGCAAGCAAAUGAUACUGCCAACGAUGUUCUUGCACGCAUCAAAGAUCUUAAUCUGAAUCUCCUGGGGUUGAAACAGAACUACAGUGCAUUGAAAGAAGACAUUGCUAAAACCAAUGCUGUUGUAAAAGAUCCAGUUGAAAAUGACAUAAUUACAGAUGCUGAUGACAGAGUGAAACAUCUUGAAAAGGAGGCUGAUCGAUUGCUGGAUAAACUAAAACCUAUCAAGGAGCUUCAGGAAAACCUGGGUAAAAAUAUCUCGCAGAUCAAAGAGCUGAUAAAUCAAGCCCGCAGGCAAGCCAAUUCUAUCAAAGUUUCAGUGUCUUCAGGAGGGGACUGCAUUCGUACUUAUAAACCUGACAUCAAGAAAGGCAGAUACAAUACCAUUAUUCUUAAUGUGAAAACAGAUACACCUGAUAACCUAUUAUUUUACCUUGGAAGCAAUAAAUUUACUGACUUCUUAGCCAUCGAGAUGAGGAAAGGGAAAGUCAACUUUCUGUGGGAUGUGGGAUCAGGAGUUGGGAGAGUUGAAUAUCCUGACCUCAAUAUUAAUGAUCAACACUGGUACAGAGUUGAAGCUUCCCGGUCAGGAAUUAAUGGAACCAUUUCAGUGUCAGCACUUGAAGGACCUAAAGCCAGUACUGCUCCUAGUAUAUACAGCUCCACCGCACAGCCUGGUUAUACCAUUCUGGAUGUUGAUGCAAACGCUUAUCUCUUUGUUGGUGGAUUGACCGGAAAAAUAAAGAAGGCAGAUGCAGUAAAAACAACAACAUUCUCUGGUUGUAUGGGAGAAACGUUUCUUGAUAAUAAGCCAAUAGGAUUGUGGAACUAUAGGGACCGAGAAGGCGACUGCAAAGGAUGCUCAAUUAGUCCACAGGUAGCAGACAGUGAAGGGACAGUCCAGUUUGAUGGAGAUGGAUUUGCAAUGGUUAGCCGCCCUGUUAGAUGGAACCCCAACAUUUCUACAAUUGUGUUUAAAUUUAAAACAUUUUCAUCAAACACACUGUUAAUGUACCUAGCAACAAAUGACUUGAAAGAUUUCAUGAGCAUCGAGCUGAGUGAUGGGCGUAUAAAAGUUAGCUAUGAUCUGGGAUCGGGCACAUCCUAUGCAAUGAGCAACAAAAAUCAUAAUGAUGGCAAAUGGAAAUCAUUCACUCUCUCCAGAAUACAAAAACAAGCCAAUUUUUCAAUUGUGGAUCUGGAUACCAACGAAGAGGACAAGGUAACCACCACAUCUACUGGAAGUAAUUUUGGUCUGAAUUUGAAAUCCGACGAGAACAUAUAUUUUGGUGGCCUGCCAGUAUUGAGACGCCUAAGGAUGAAAGCAAUGUCAGAGGUCAGUUUAAAUAAAUAUGCUGGAUGCCUAAAAGACAUUGAGAUCUCCAGAACACCAUACAAUUUACUUAGCAGCUCUGAAUACAUAGGAUUAACCAAAGGAUGUGCUCUUGAGAGAGUAUAUGUAGUAAGUUUUGCAAAGCCCGGAUAUAUUGAAGUACCACCAGUAUCACUGGACCCUGGGACAGAGAUUACACUGUCAUUUAGCACUAAAAAUGAAUCUGGAAUGAUUUUAAUUGGGAAUGGUGGCAAUCUUGUUUCUCCAAGAAGGAGACGAAGGCAAAGUGGACAGGUAUUUUAUGCAGUUCUCUUAAGAAAAGGAAGGUUGGAGGUUUCUAUCCCUGGACCUAAAGAAAUACAUAGAAUAACGAUUAGACCUGAGAAGGGAGAAUUUCACGAUGGCAAAGAGCACUCAAUCCGUAUUGAAAGAUCAAGAAACAUCUUUACCGUGCAGGUUGAUGAGGACAGAAGCCAGACACUAAGGCUGCCAGCAGGUCAUUUAAUAAGCGUGAAGAAGCUCUUUGUUGGUGGGAUACCAUCUGAUGCUCAGCUUGCAAUAUUCAAGGGUGUUCCACCAUUUGAGGGAUGCAUAUGGAACCUGCUCAUCAAUGCAGUGCCAAUAGACUUUGCACAGCCUGUAUCUUUUGAGAAUGCAGAUAUUGGGCGGUGCCCUACACUGGUGCCAGACAGUAUACUUGAAGAAGAUAAAGAGAAAAAUGUCACUCAACCAUUAAUCCUCCCUCAGCCUGAAGCAACCACCUUAUCAAAAGUCACACCAGCUCUAAUACCUUCUAUUCCACCUACUGAGCCUGAAACCACUGAAGUGAAGAGUGCCAAUAUCACAGAUGAGCUUGAUUCCUCAACGGGCUGUGCAGCUGAGAAAAAGCCAGAAAUUAUCAUAGGAGGAAAGCAGUUUGGCCUGUCCAGGAAUAGCCAUAUGGCAUAUGCAUUUGAUGACACAAAAGUAAAAAACAAGCUUACCAUAGAACUUGAACUCCGCACUACCGCUGAUUCGGGCUUGCUGUUCUACAUGGCUCGUAUCAACCAUGCUGACUUUGCCACUGUUCAGAUUAAAGAUGGAAUGGCUCAUUUAAGAUAUGAUCUUGGAAGUGGAGAUACUACCACAAUGGUUCCUCAAAAAGUUAACGAUGGAGAAUGGCAUAAGAUAAAUAUAUUGAGAACAAAGCAGACAGGAUCUCUGUUUGUUGAUGGAAUUGCAAACAGCACAAACAGUCCAAAGAAAGCAGACAUUCUGGAUGUAGUGGGCAUGCUCUAUGUGGGUGGAUUGCCUAUUAAUUAUACUACCAAACGUAUUGGCCCGGUUUUACAUAGUAUAGAUGGCUGCAUCCGCAAUUUUAGAUUGGUAGAAGGAAAUACAGAUUUUAAUAAGCCUACCUCCAGCUACAAUGUUGGCUCAUGCUUUGCUAAUCCACAAACAGGAACCUAUUUUGAUGGAUCAGGGUUUGCAAAAACAGUGGGAGUUUUUAAAGUAGGCACCGAUUUAGUAGUAGAACUGGAAUUUCGCACAACAAGGACCAAUGGUGUUCUCAUUGGAAUUAGUGGCAAAAAAAUGGAUGGUUUGGGCAUUGAACUGGUGGAUGGUAAACUUCUAUUCCAUGCAGAUAAUGGAGCUGGUCUGUUCACAGCAGUCUUUGAGCCUAAGCUGCCAUCUAGCUUGUGUGAUGGACAGUGGCACAAACUGGUGGCAAGUAAAAUAAAACACCGCUUAGAGAUGAUCGUUGAUGACAACAAAGUAGAAGCUGCAAGUCCAAAUUCAGCAUCCACUUCCGCAGACACUAAUGAUCCAGUCUUUGUAGGAGGAUAUCCUGAAGAUGUAAAGCAGUUUGGUCUGACCACCAAUGUGAGUUUCAAAGGCUGUAUCAAGGAUCUUAGACUUACCAAGGGCACUGCCAAAGCACAAGAGAUCAACUUCAGCAGAUCACUGGAGAUAAAAGGAGUGCAACCUUUGUCAUGCCCAUGAUGCAUCUGCUGCCAAUAUGACCAAUAACAAACCAUUUCCAUGUUUUGAUGUGUGCGUAUGCAUGGAAACGCCAUAUCCUGUAGUUUCCAUGUAGCUCACAAAACAAAUAAUUGUUUCCCCCAUAUGUUAAAUAAA